AUGGCUGACGUGACGCCCUGUGCCACUUCGUUAACUGCGACGGAUCUCGAGCGGGAGCACGUGCAUAAAGUGUACGACGUCAUUGCACGGCACUUUAGUCACACGCGACAUCAUCCCUGGCCUCAAGUGACCGAGUUCUUGGCGCGAUUGGCACCUCGCGCUCUCGUGGCGGACGUGGGCUGUGGCAAUGGCAAGUACCUGCAUGUGAAUCCCUCGCUCUGUGUCAUUGGAGCCGACCGCAGCAUCCCAUUGAUGCAGAUAGGAGCUACGACGAACAGCAACUUGGUGGGGUGUGACGCACUGCAAGUGCCACUUCGGACUGGAGUAUUUGAUGCAGCCGUCUCCGUUGCUGUUCUACAUCAUAUAUCGACUAAGGAGCGUCGAGUUGCUUUGAUCAGUGAAUUGGCUCGUAUCGUGCGAGUGGGCGGUCAAGUGCUGAUUGUCGCUUGGGCUUUUGAGCAGGACAAGCACUCGAAACGCCGCUUUGAGCAACAGGAUGUCAUGGUAGAGUGGAAACUUCAGCAGAAAUAUGCCAAGGAUGAGGAGCACGGUGAUACAAUCGAAGCACACGGGCAAAUUGAUCACGAGAAGCGCUGGGUGGUCUACAAACGGUACUGUCAUGUGUAUCGUAGCGGAGAGCUCGAAGCGUUGGUCGAACAGGUGCCGGGUCUUCAAUUGAUAUCGGUCGAGUACAGUCGCUCCAACUGGUGUCUGCAUCUACGGCGCGUUGCUUCCGAGACGGAACAAAACGACCUGUUGCAGUGA